GUAAUCAUGGUUAAUUUCAAUUGUGCAACACGAGGGUCGCUAGCCUGGAUAAGAGUACAUAUUUUACGGUCCAACGCAUUUUUAUUAUGCAGACUACGAAUGGCCACAUUGCGGCAACAUGCCAAGGAACUGUUACGGCGAUUCGUUAGGAUCGACGCGAAGAACGACAGGGCGAUAGACACAUUAGCCGUCGAUGCCGGGGAACAGGAAACAUUGCGUCAUCGCUCGUACUCGGCGAUUCCAGGACCUAAGCCGAUGCCGUUGCUGGGUAACACUUGGCGAUUCCUGCCUUAUUUAGGAAACUUUGACAUACAGACGAUAGACAAACUGUCAAGGAAAUUACACGCCCAGUAUGGUGACAUCGUGAAGAUAGAAGGACUCUUAGGUCGGCCCGAUAUGGUGUUCGUUUAUGAUGCAAAUGAAAUCGAGCGGAUUUUUCGGCGGGAGGAAAAAAUGCCUCACCGUCCCUCCAUGCCGUCCCUCGAUUAUUAUAAGCAUGUGCUGCGAAAAGACUUCUUUCAAGAUAAUCCCGGUGUUAUCGCCGUUCACGGUGAGAGCUGGUAUAAUUUCCGGAGUAAAGUGCAACAGGUGAUGCUGCAGCCGCGGACCGCAAGAAUGUAUAUUAGCGCAAUCGAGGAGGCGAGCGUGGCAUUUCUUCGCAGAAUAGCGAAAAUACGGAACCACAAGAGCGAAGUACCCGACGACUUUCUCAAUGAGAUGCACAAAUGGUCUUUAGAAUCUAUUGCGCGAGUCGCGUUGGACGUGCGUUUGGGCUGCUUGGACGACAACGCAGAUGCGGAAACGCAGGGGCUGAUAGACGCGUUGAUCACGUUCUUCAAAAAUGUGCCCGUGCUCGAAUUGAAGAUUCCGUUUUGGAAAAUCUUCAACACGCCCACGUGGAAGCAAUAUGUAAACGCUUUGGACACUAUUGUGAGUACUAUAUCAAAAUAUACGGCCGCCGCUCUAUCGAGGGCCGAGAACGACGUGAAUUCGGAUAAGGAAUUGUCACUUUUAGAGAGAGUCCUGGCUCGCGAGGGCGAUACGAAGGUAGCGUCAAUCCUCGCUCUAGAUUUGUUCUUGGUUGGCGUUGAUACGACCUCGACUUCAGUAGCCUCGGUGCUCUAUCAGUUAGCGUUACAUCCGGAAAAACAGGCUUUGGCGUACGAGGAGAUCUGCAACGUUCUUCCGCAACGAGACGCGCCUCUUGAGGCUACAAAUAUCGAUAAUUUAAAAUAUCUGAGAGCGUGUAUUAAAGAAACUCUUAGAAUGUAUCCAGUUGUAAUAGGCAACGGACGAAGUAUGACUUCGGACACUAUAAUCAGCGGCUAUCGUGUACCGAAAGGAGUGCAAGUGGUAUUUCAACACUACGUAAUUAGCAACAUGGAAAAGUAUUUUCCACGAAGCUGUGAAUUCCUUCCGGAACGAUGGUUGCGCGACGACGGGAUUCGUCACGCGUUCGCAUCACUUCCGUUCGGUUACGGUAGACGAAUGUGCCUGGGUCGACGAUUUGCCGAGCUCGAAAUGAUUAUCGUAAUUAGCAAGAUUCUACAAUUUUACAAAGUAGAAUAUCAUCAUAAAAGAUUGGAAUAUUACAUCAAUCCAAUGUACACGCCAAAGGGACCAUUGAAAUUGCGAUUUAUUGAUAGACAAUAAUUUAUGCGAAAGUAGAAAUGUAGUCGAAAAUGUAGUUCCAUGUCUUCGACACAUGAAAAUAUUUGUUAUAAUUUGUUAGUGUCUAUUUUUUAUACUUCACGCAAGUAGAUAAUUACAUUAGUCACGAGCAAGUCAGUUUGUUACCACAGUAUACAUUUGAAAUAAAUAUAAGAUUUACAAUUAAUAGUGUGUAGCACAAUAUCUCCUGUAUUGUAAUACAGUUGAAUUUUAUGAUAUUCAAUUUUGACAAUUACCUUUUCGUC